CCGCGAAGAAGCGCGCCACAUUUUUACGAGUGUGUGUGCACAUUAAGCGCAAAGUUCAAACGAUCUCUGCGCACGCGCACAAAUGACGCUGGUUGACUUCGGACAUCGAUAUGCGAUAAGAGACAUGCGCUGCAAGGAGUGAUUAUUUGCGCCAAGUUACAAGUUGCGCAUUGGAAAUUUUAAUUUGUGAUAAAUCUUUUGCAGCAUGGCUUUCAUUAAAAACUUACUCCAGAGGUAGCAUUGCCCAAAUCUUACUGGUCCGCGAGCUUAAAUAAAACUGUGCUUUUCAAUCAGGAAAGGAACCACGUUUUAAUAAUAAGGUUCCGACGACGUGUUGCAGCCGAGGCCGUGUGCAUUUUACGUACCCGUACAUCGCAUGCCAUACACAACGCACUGCUUAUGUGUACCAUAUCUGGCUCAUGUCGCUCUGGCUAAUGUGGGGUUGCCACCGCGGGAAACUCUGCUCUCUAGUCUCUCCUAUUCAGAAAUGAGAUCCACCAUGGUUUGAUAUAUUCAUUGAGAUAACAAUGACGACAAUUCUCUAUGAUUUGGACACUUCAGGGGGACUGAUGGAUCAAAUCCAAGCCCUGGUAGCUCCCCCUGAGAGCGACGAACCACCAAGAAAAACUCGAAGGAUAAGGGAGCACCGACGAACAGGUCGCGCUGUAAACCACGACAACUGUGAUAGUUGUCGAGAGGGAGGUGAUCUCCUUUGCUGCGACCGAUGCCCGUCUGCUUUCCACCUUCAGUGCUGCAACCCGCCUCUGAGUGAUGAUGAUCUACCUCCUGGUGAAUGGUUGUGUCACAAGUGCACAGUGGCGCCUGAGCCUCAAGAUGAUGAAACAAGCUCUGUUACUUCCACAAAGUCAGAGAAGGAUAAACAAGCCAAGCUUGCUGUAGGUUCCAGCAAGGUACAACCAGCUCCUGCUGCUCCUGCAGCUGGUACUACCAGUACUGCCAAAGCUCCAUCUGUGACCAAGACUGUACCUCAAGCUAACAAGCCUGCCAUGAGGCUAAAUGAUCGCUUGUUGCGAGAGAAUAAACCAUGCCUCAGACUGGUACAGCUUCAGGCCUACAGAGAAGCUCAAAAGGAGGUUCAGCAAGCAAAGGCCCAGUCUGGUAGGCCGACCACCCCAGUGGCAGCACCCAUACCUGAUGACCCUUCAACAGCUUUGCCUCCAACUACCAGGACGCGCUUGGCUCGCUUGGCAAGCUUAGAAACCAAGCGAGACCUUAGGGUCAACCAGGAGAAGACUGCCCAGGACUUGGGGGACUCUAAGACCAAGCGAGAUCUCCGGCUAGUUCUUGACAAAGUGGACAAGAAAGUAGAAGCAGUCAAGGCCCCUGAUAGUCCAAAGCAUGUGGGUGAGAUCAAGGACCCCUUCCAGAUGCUGGUCAAGGCAGCUGAAAUACAGAACCCUGUGCAGUUUGGAUUACCCAGCAGCUAUAUGACAUUUGCUCCAUUGCCAGGGAGCACCAGGAAAAGACGGAAAGAGGAAUUGUCCAAGAACUACAAGAAACCACAUGAGCUGGACAAUGGGCUGGUCCCAUUACCAGCUAAAGUUUGCUUUCAGUGCAGCAAGAGCUGCCGUGUGGGUCCAUUGAUUCAAUGUGACUACUGCCCUCUACUGUUUCACAAAGACUGUGUAGAUCCCCCUCUUACUUGCAUGCCAACAGGACGAUGGAUGUGUCCUAACCACCCUGAACACUCAUUGCCUGGGUUCCAAGGUGUUCAGUACACUGAACGUUGCAGAAUCUUCAAUGAAUUCCAUGGACGUCUGGACCAACAUGCCAUCAAGCUACGAUUCAUGCACAAAGUCCGAAGUACAGGCCCACCCAGAAAGCACAAGGACAAAGUCAAUAAGCGACCAGCGUUGGCUGUGCCAUCUGCUAUUAAGUGUCAGUAUGCCCUCCCACCCCCCAUGUUGCCCCUCCCUCAGGAGAAGCCACGGUUGGUCUGCAUGACGCCAGAGGGCUUUAGAUCAAGCAACACUGUCUGUUCACUAGAGGACCAGGAAGAGUGGCUGAAGAGUGUCAUUGCCCUGCAGACUAGUAUAACUAGGCACAUGGUGAAAAAGCAACUACCCAAAGAUGCCAUCAAACAGAAAAUAAUCACAGCGUCCAAAUCCCCAUACAUCACUACAGCCACCACCUCUAGCAGCUCUACACCAGCACCUCACGGGAAGAGCAGGACACCCAGCCCAGCUAACACCUCUGCUGCCUCUCUGCAAAGUGAGAGAAAGCAAGAGACAGCAGUCCUAGAUGAUAGCCAAAGUAACACAGAAGCCAAAGUGACCAAUGGACCGGUUUCACUUCAUAAUGGUCCAGUACCCACCAGUAAGACAUCAGGAAAUAAACCUGAAGGGUCAUUUAACACUAUCGUUGUGAAAGAAGUUGGGGUGACGAACCAUACCAUUAAGUCCAAAGCCGGAGAGAACCUACCUCAUGGUAACAUUGGUCUCAAGGUAGUGACGAUAGCCAACAAGAAUGAUACCAUAGUGAACACAGCUAAUACAGUGAAUGGCUCUGUGGGCAAAUCAUUAAACUCUGGGAACAAAAUUAAUGCAUCAGUUGUUCACAAACUUGUUGCAACAUCAGCAGCUGGUAAAGUGAUGGCGACUGGACCGAGCACACCCAGGGCCACUAGUCAACAAUCAGUCCACCCAAAUACCAAAGCAGAAGGGUCACUGGUCACCAAGACAACCAGUGGGUUGUCUGCCUCCAAGGUUUCCAUAGCAACCACCAGUGGCUUGUCACUAUCGUCGGCCCAGGCAAAGAUUGUGACUGUUUCCAAUGGGAGCAGUAAGGGUAUGGCAGGCAGUACGAGUACAGCACCCAAGAUGACUGCAGCAUCUCUGAGCUCGUCGCCUGCUAUCAUCAAUCUCAACAGCACUCUGCAAUCCUGUGUUGAGGGGAAUGGAGAUGUAGAGCUUAGUAAGCUAGAUGAAAGACUUGUACAGAUACUGGCAUGGCAGAGGUUACAACAACUUUUACCUCAGAAGCAGCCACCUCCAUCAACAUCUGCUAUCAAGAAGUAUUUGGUCCACAGUAGCACUGCUUCAACAAGCACAAACACUGCAGGGCCUACUCCAUCUACUGCAUCAUUCACCCAUCAAAUCAAAGCCAGAGCAUUGUUCUGUCCACUCACGGGUAGGGGACAAUCCUCCCCGGUACCCAUGUGUUACAGGACACUACAUAUAGGAACUGGGAGUGAUAUGGAUGUUUGUCUCAGUAAUUUUGGCCACUGUAACUACAUUUCUCCAAAGCAUGCUUGUAUAUUCUAUGAUGAGAACACCCGGCACUAUGAACUCAUUAACUACAGCGAGCAUGGGACAACAGCAGACAACGUCUUGUAUUCCUGCGAUUUCUCCGAUAAGACCACCACACCUCCCCCGGCAUCCCCCUUUGUCAAGUCAGUGCGGAAUCUCAUCCGCAGGGGGAAAAGGAAAAGGGAAUUGUCAGACAGCAGGACCAAAGAGGAAGAGCCUGAGGACGAGGAGAAGACAAGGGAGGAAGAAGGAGCUGUAAUGAUGAGUGCUACUAGCAACCACUUCAAGAAGCCUUGUAGCUGUAAGGUCAGCAGCUCCUGUCUGAUAGGAGGCAAUGGAGCCGGUUGGGAAGGUACUGCUAUCCUGCAUCACGGCAGCUAUGUCAAGAUGGGUUGUCUACAGUUUGUCUUUAGUAUCACUGAUCAUGCCAUGGUACAGAACCCUCUAGAUAAGAAGCCUCUGUUGAAUUUCCAAAAAGAGUGUGCAUCGUCUAGCUCCACAAGUUGAAUCAAGAUUAUACAGUGUGCAGAUUGCCUUAAUUUUUUUAAAAGGAAAAUAGUAUCCAAAGCUUAAAUAGCACUGACAGUGUAUUAAUUGGGUUGAUGAAUUUACAGAAAUGCCAAUUUGAACUAAUUCUGCCCCCGUAUCUUUAGUCUCGAAAAUGAUAUUCAGAGUUUGUUAAUAAAGGCAUAGCUAGCAUUUUUUACAGAGAAUCAUUUUCUUUCGUUUUGUUUUUUCUUUUUUUGAAUGAUGUAAUUUAUCCAUGACAUUUUGAGCGCCUCUCUUCUUUUGACACUCAUUAUUUCAUUAUUUAUUGACACAGAAAAAUAAUUGUUUCUUAAUGUUUAUUUAUGAAUAGGCUUUGUCAUGAAAAAAAUAUUUCACCCCUCUCAUAUUUUCCUUGGUGAUUUCAAAAUGAGCUUAGGCCACAUGAAAAUAAGUCCUAGUUUCUCAGAACUUUCGGAAACUUAAGUGAUGAGUGCAUUUUUUUAAAAUUCAAGUUAACCCCAUGAAAAAUCUUGAUACAGCAAUGUCCAUGAAAGUAAAGACCACUGCUUCAUAUAUCAGUAAUUUCCAGUCAGGACUUCAGAUGGAGAAACACUUUGCCGUCUACUCCAUCCAGGGAAUUUUGCGACUGCAAUUGAUGGCUUUCAGUUUCAGGUCAUUUUCUGUUUUGGGCAACAUUUGUGCCUAUGCUGAAUAUUGAAAGAAAUCAACUCCCCUUCCUCAGGCCCCCAAAAGAAGGAAAAUGAAUGUGGAACCAGUUCUCAGAUGCAGAUGCUUGUAACAAUUUUUAUGGUGCCUUAAUUUGAUUUGGAAAGUACAACAAUAAAAUGUAUCGAUGAUUUAUCCAAGGGAUUAAAACGUCUUGGCCCAGUGACGCAUCAGCACUAUGAUGCAUCUUGUGAUCUCCUUCACCACCGAGAAGUCAUCACUGCUCGAUUACUUACUCAAACACAUCCUCACGUUUCUUUGCUUUAACAUAAAACUGGCUCCAACAAGACAUUUCUCACAUGACACCAAUCCAAAGAGCAUUUUAUUCACUGCCCCUCUUUCAGGUUGUACAGUACAUGGUAGUCAGUAGUGUGUGAGUCCCAAUUCAUUACAGCACUGUGAAAUUGGCCCUAGGACUUUGGAAUCAUGCGAGCUAUGGAAUAUCAAGGGGACUACACUUCCUUUUCUUGCUAUGACAAUUAUAAUCUCUGGAUAAACAACAUUGAGCAGAGAGUGUCCCUUCAGUGUCUAUGGAGCUGUAUUAUUUAGUAAAAACUGAAGCAUCUCAAACAUAGUGGCAUCAGCUCAAAUGGUAUACAUGUGCCCCAAAUUAGGAUUCUUCAGUGUUGCUGGGUCACCUUUACCAUGCUUUGCUUUUUAGCCACUAAGCAGAAUAUACCACUUAGCAGAUUGACAGGCAAAGCAGAAAACAGCUGGGAACCAGUCACAGUCAAUAUACUUUGCAUAGCAGCUUGGUUGGUAUUUGUGCUUUUUUUUUCAAAACCAAGCUGUUCCCCACUUACCAGCAAGUUUGUUUUAAGUUCUGAAAGUUGACCCAUCUGUUUUAUGAGUUCAUAUAUAGUUUACACUCCUUUGUUACUCGAUGUUCACUUUAAAUAUAUCGGGAAAAACCUCUGAGCAGUGGUGGAUUUAUGGUGUUAAUAAAUAUUCAGUUUGCUGAGCAUCAUAAACUUUGCAAGGCAAGAGCACUCUACUAGCAAAUUAUAUGUGUGGUAUUUAUUUGCAUUAUAGCUGGUCCCCAGAUGAUUUUUGGUUAACAAUUGUUUGGUGAUUUACUAAACAUGAUUUUCUGCCAAAGAGGACCCUGGAGCAGUUGCCUAGGUCCUUGCAUUCUUCAGUUACUAAUUUGUUCUCUUGGUAAAGUUGACAGCUUUUAGUUGGAAAUGGUCAGCAAUUCACUUUCCAGUUUUGUUAAUUUGUUUUCUGACCAUGUGCAACUUGGUUUGUCACUGUGCUGGCACUCUGGCAGCAGGAGCCACUUUGUGUGAUUUUGCCUAGAGUUAUGGAAAUUGAAUUCUGGUAACAGUGAAUUUCUUUGUUGUUGAGUUCAAACUCUUUUAACAGGAAUUGUUGUUGUUGAUUCUGGGGCUUGUCUGUCUCAAUCUGUUAAGCCUUGUUCAUAAACUUGUACUAACCACAACAAACUGAUCAAUUAAACUACUUAAUUAUGAUGUGUGUUUUUGCACACAUGUAUUACCUCAUAUGGGCAUUACACAAUUGUGAAUAUUCUUUGUGAAUAUCAACAUUUUAAUGUAUGUCCAUGUCACAUUUUAAUAUGCAUAUUUGAGUUUGUUUUCUCUGGGUUUGAGCCCCACUUUAGUGUUACAUUGUCAUUUCCAGGGCAAACUGAACCUUUGUUUCAAAUCACUGUACAGAAAUUCUGUAAAUAUAUUUUUAAAAAUAACCUUGUGACAAACUAUAGUUAACCCUAUGGCAGUCACUUGCUUUAUGUAGAUAAGGAUGUACAGUUUUGUAUAUAUCAAAUUAUUGUAUAGAUUGCCUAGCCUGCAUGUCAUACUUGGAACACUAGACGAUUAGACAUGCUUGGCUGUUGUGAUAUUCAAUAUGUGAAAGCACUUUAUGUUGAUUUGAAAACUUGAAAACUGCCUGGUUUCAGUGAUGCGUUAGCUUGGGCAUUUCUUAGAUGGAUCAAAAGGUGUUAAUGAGAGAAUGCAUGUUACACCUGAAUGCAGUGCUCCUGAUUGGUUUUUUUUUGGGGGGGGCGGCAGUGUGGCUAUGUAGAAGUAAAUGGUUUGAACUUACUUUUCAAGAAGACAGUCGCCAACAAAUCUAACUAAACGGUAUUUAGCUGGCCACAAGUAGGCAGUGUCCUCUUUGAUGCUUAGAAAGGUUAUUGAAUUCGUACUAAAUUUUAAGUAGGUUGGGUUGUCUAGUGGAUGGCAUGCACAACAUGAAAUCACAUCAUAUGCCCCUCGCUGGGUUUGAUCCUCAGCUGUUCUCCUUUUUCUUUUCUUCUCAAAAAAUUAAGAAUUUUCUUCUUUUGUGAUUUUCAAUUGACUGCAGCAUUUAAUUACAGGGUAACACAUUUUCUUUUUCUGAUUCGUGCCCCUGGAGAUUGUUGUGGUUUUAAAAAGUCAAACAUUGUAAAAUGAUGUGUUUUCCACCUUGUUAAUACAAAGUCACAACCACUAUAUUGACGCAGAAUCAGACUAAGAUGUGUCCCAGUAAGUCAAAAAAAAGCAGUUACUGCUCAUGUGCUCAGCAAAAUAUAUUUCUGUUAAAUUUGCUGGCAAUGGUUAUGCAUCCUUUCCCUUUCAAGAAAUAAAUCAUGAUGGUGUGUUUAUGCAAUUUGUGUGGGAGCAUAUUUGCCACACAUUGCAUGACUGACUGUACAUGUAUUUUCCAGAGAGAAAAAUAAAUUGUUCGACGAGCUAGAAAUGGACAGCCUCAUAUCCUAAGCCUAUGUAACUCUCUGCAAGCUUAUAUUUGUAAUUUGCUUAAGAGGUCGUCAAACAUGUUCUUACUACAGGGUAAUGCAUUAUGCUUUUUCACAUUCAGAGUAACCUCGUUAUUGAAAAAUAAGGGUGACUGUGUUUAGGAGCAUGAUGAUCAAUACUCAAUGUUGUAUUUCUUCGGGAUUUCCCUGGUUCCCAACAUUCACCUAUAAAUAUGGCUCGGAAAAGUUCUGGUUCACUGGUUGACUUGCUGUUGCUUCAUUACUGUAUUAUUCAUGUUAUUGAGGAGACUGUAUUCUUUAUUUCAUAAUGUUGAGUUAUUAACAAUUGUGACUCAUGAUACCCAUGUGAACUCUCACCCUCACGCUUACUUGCCCUGCAACCUAUGAAUGAACACACUGCACCUUUAUUUAUCAGAUGUUUAUAUUAUUAGAUUGCAUGCUUACAGGACAUUAAGUUGUAAAAAGUCAGUGUGAGCAGAAAUGCCCAGGCUAAUGAAUGACCAGAGUGAGAACUGCUUUAUGAUUGAUGUACAGGGAAUCAGUUCAAUAUUAAAUAAUACUGUUUGAUUGAACACAGAA